GUAACGUUUAGAGACCUAAUAUGCAGUUCUUACGACCAGGUUUAUGUGGUUACGGUAGACUAACACACAGCUUGCGGGGGCGGUGGUUCCGUGGUGUAUUUUUAAAUUAGCUAACAGGAAGCUAUAUCUAACCAUCGCUGGAUUGAGACGCUGAACCAGCUAUUUUAAAAUACGAUUCACUAGUUAGUCUAACUAGCUGUACUGCUGGCUAACGUUACCUACAACAAACAUAGCUAAGUUACGAGUGGUCAAUCUUCUAACAAUUAGUUGCCUAUUGGUACCAACUGGAUGACCCGAGACCUGAAGCUUCCGUCACAGCCAUCUGUGCUAAGCGGUCCAUCCGCGCUUGAUUUCAGCGCUACGUCACCACCGCACGCAAGGCUGCAGACAGAACCACAGACUCAGCCAUGCCCCCUCCGUUCCGCCAGAGACCGAUGCGCAUCUUCAUCAACGACGACCGCCACGUGAUGUCCAAGCACUUGGCGGUUUACCCCACACAGGAGGAGCUGGAGGCCGUGCAGAACAUGGUCUCUCACACGGAGCGCGCUCUCAAGGCCGUGUCCGAUUGGCUGGACGAGCAGGAGAAGACGGACGCCGUGCCUGCCGAAGGCGCCGACGACGCCGCAGGCGACGCCGAGGCUGAGAAUGACAGCGAGCCCAAGCCGUCGGAUCAGGCCACACGAUCCCUGCGGGGGGUGAUGAGGGUGGGGCUGGUGGCCAAAGGGCUUCUGCUGAAGGGAGAUCUGGAGCUGGAGCUGGUGCUGCUGUGUAAGGACAAGCCCACCAUCUCCCUGCUCAAGAGGGUGGCCGAGAACAUGGCCGUGCAGCUUGCGGAAGUGACGGAAGAGAAGUACGAGAUCAUCCAGUCCGUCAGGGAGGCCGCCAUCGUCAUCAAGAGCGCCAAGGAGCCGAAGCUGGUGCUCACCGUCCUCCUCACCUCCCCCGUGGUCCGCGAGGAGUCCGAGAAGCAGCCCGCCGAAGACACGCUCUCAGUCAGCGAGCCCCCGGAUGUUCUGGACAGGCAGAAAUGCCUGACUGCCUUGGCGUCUCUUCGCCACGCCAAGUGGUUCCAGGCGAGGGCCAAUGGGCUGAAGUCUUGCGUCAUCGUCAUCCGCAUCCUACGGGACCUGUGCACGCGCGUGCCGUCCUGGGCCGCGCUGAGGGGAUGGCCAUUGGAGCUGCUGUGCGAGAAGGCGAUUGGGACGGGGAACCGGCCAAUGGGAGCGGGCGAGGCCUUCCGCAGAGUUCUGGAGUGCCUGGCCUCCGGGAUCCUCAUGGCAGACGGUCCAGGACUCUUAGACCCGUGUGAGAAAGAGACGAAGGACGCUAUUGGUCACCUGUACCCCCAGCAGAGAGAGGACAUCACCCAGAGCGCGCAGCACGCGCUCAGGCUGGCAGCCUUCGGCCAGCUGCACAAGGUGCUGGGCAUGGACCCGCUGCCCUCCAAGAUGCCCCGCAAGCCGCUGAGCGACACGCCCAUUGACUACACGGUUCAGAUCCCGCCCAGCACCACCUACGCCCCUCCGAUGAAGAGGCCCAUGGAGGAAGAGGAAGGAGGAGAGGACAAGAGCCCCAACAAGAAGAAGAAGAAGCUGCAGAAGAAAUCGCCCGAUGAGAAGGCGGAGCCGGCACAGGCCAUGAACGCGCUGAUGCGGCUGAACCAGCUGCGGCCGGGCCUGCAGUACCGGCUGGUCUCCCAGACCGGCCCCGUGCACGUGCCCGUCUUCACCAUGGCCGUGGAGGUCGACGGCAAGAGCUACGAGGCCUCGGGCCCGUCCAAGCGCACCGCCAAGCUGCACGUGGCCGUCAAGGUUCUGCAGGACAUGGGACUGCCCACGGGGGUGGAGCUCAAGACUGCGGACACCGUGAAACCUGAGGGGGAAGUCACUGAGGCGGAGCCGAAGACUGAGGCCCCUCCCAUCGCUGCUGUGGACCCGCCCACCGCGGACCCGACUCCGGCCGCCACCCCUGAGGCCGGCGACAGCGCUGAGAACCUGCGGCAGCAGGGCCCGAUCCUGACCAAACACGGCAAGAACCCGGUGAUGGAGCUGAACGAGAAGCGGCGCGGCCUGAAGUACGAGCUCGUCUCCGAGACCGGGGGCAGCCACGACAAGCGCUUCGUCAUGGAGGUGGAGAUUGACGGGCAGAAGUUCCAGGGCACGGGUUCGAAUAAGAAAGUGGCAAAGGCCUAUGCUGCCCUGGCUGCCCUGGAGAAACUCUUUCCAGAAGGUUCUGUUGCCGAUGCCAACAAGAAGAAGAAACUCCCUCCAAUGCACCACCCUGGGUUUGGAAUGAUGGGAGGAGCUGGAGCAGAUCCAGCAGCCAAUCCCAGGGGCAGAGGGAGAGGUGGCCGUGGCAGGGGGCGGGGCAGAGGUUUCAACAAUGGUGGUGGCUACAAUCAAGGUGGCUAUGGAGGAUAUGGGUACGGAAACAACGCUAACGCUGGCUACAAUAAUUACUACGGUAACGACGGAGCCAACGGUGGGGGCGGGGCCCCGGGGGCGGGGCCGGUGGGCCCUGCACCGGGCCCCGUGGGGGCCGGCGGCUACGGCUCCUACUAUCAGAACGAUGGCGGCUACUCUGCCCCCCCGCCCCCCUCCGCCAAACCCCCCGGCAAGAAGCCCAUGCACCCGGGGGGUAAACCCCCCUUCGCUGGGCCGGCGGGCGGACCCCCGCCCGGCUACCAGACGGCCCCCCCGCCGCCGCCCCCGCCAGGACAAGGACCUUACACCCAGUUUGGGCAAGGCAAGAAGAACUUCAGCCACAACCAUGGGGGCGGGGCCUACUCCAACUACAGCACUGCCUACCCCAGUCAGGUGACUGGGGGGGCAGGCAGCCAGGACUACAGCUAUGAUGGUUACAGCAGCCAGUCGACCUUCAACGCACAUGGAGGCGGGAACUACGGGGGCAACCCGAGCUACAACGCCCCACCGGGGUGCGGGCGAGGGGACCCCAACAUGAACUACCAAUACAGAUAGACUCCGCCUUCGUCCUCCAUUCCCAGAACCCCACACCACUCUCUACCCCUCUGAUCAAUCCCCACACAGAUCUCUACCCCAUUGAUCAAUCCCCACACAGAUCUGUACCCCUCUGAUCAAUCCCCAGACAGAUCUCUUCUGAUCAAUCCCCAGACAGAUCUCUACUCUUUUGAUCAAUCCCCACACAGAUCUCUUCUCUUCUGAUCAAUCCCCACACAGAUCUCUACCCCUCUGAUCAAUCCCCACACAGAUCUCUACCCCUCUGAUCAAUCCCCACACAGAUAUCUACCCCUCUGAUCAAUCCCCACACAGAUCUCUACCCCUCUGAUCAAUCCCCACACAGAUCUCUACCCCUCUGAUCAAUCCCCACACAGAUCUCUACCCCUCUGAUCAAUCCCUAGAGCUGUGAAACUCCGCCCCUUCUCCACAUCACUUCCUGUCUUUCACCCUUAGUUUCUCUGCCCCAGGGAGCAGACUGAAAUGCGUGGACAGUGGUGGGUGGGGACAGGCCUCUCUUAAUCCGCUUCGUUUGGAGACAUCCUGAGAGACCCUCCUGGUGUCUGCUCCCUCUCUGCCCCCCCCCCCCCCCCCCCCCCCCAUGGCCAUCACCCCAAACAUGACCCUGCGUUAUCGGGUCAUAACUUUGUGCACAUUUCAUAACUGCCUCGUUUUUGGAACUAAAUGAAUUUCUAAUGUUGAAGUGGCUUAAUUUCGUGAGUGGGAAAAUUUUGGACUGUUACUUCAGUAGUUUAAUUGAUUUUUUUGGUUUUAUCUGAACUUUUGUUUGUUUUAUUGUGUUUUUAUUUUAUUUUAUUUUUUAAUACAAAUUAGAAUUCCUGUGGUUCUGUGUCAGACAUUUCAACUCUUUACUGAGGAAUGUACCUAACUGGUGAUUGAAAUCUUGGCUGACUUCGCUGUGUUAUGGGGGAGGGGAGAACGGGGUGGUAUACUUUUGUAAGUUGGUCUUUAGGUACAGUAUGGAACAUUCUUAUGAUUUGUACUAAUACAUUUUUAUUUUUGAGGAAAA